GCGAUCACCCCAUUUUUCCGCUGCAUGAGGAGCUCGUUAUUGUGUGAGGUUGUUAUUAUGUAGAUUUGUUGAUUUGUAAACACAAUUUAAAAACUUAAUUUUAUAUGUGAGGUUAUUACAAGUAUCGUAAUAUUCCAUUAGUAUUAUAUUCGAUCCUAAAAGAAAAAUCAGGCUACUACUAUAGUUUAUUGAUAAAGCAAUACAGUGAUAAAUGUAACAUAUAAGCCUACUUAUAAAGGAAUAUCUCAGUUGGUGAUGGGGGUUAGAGGAUUGCAAACUUAUUUAGAGCAAUGCUGUCAAUCAGCUUCUCCCACCGUUAGCAUUUCAGAUCUUGCAUCAAACAUCAGGGAAAGUUCAUAUAGCCCUGAUCAAGAGCUUAUUAUUGUUGUGGAUGGAUCAUCAUGUAUACGACAUCUCUAUGGUAACCUGGAGUGGAUUGGAGGUGCCCAAUUAAAGCAGUAUGGUGAAAAAGCUCAACAUUUUGUUCAAGCGUUUGCUAACUUAGGAAUACGUCUUGUCUUCUUUUUUGACGGUCCAACCGCAGAAAAAAAACGGAAAACAUGGGUUGAAAGAAGGAUGAGCAAAUUAGGUUCAAUGUAUAUAGUAUUAGAUGCAAUAAGUAAUGGGACACCUACCCAUGUGAUACCUAAGAAACACUUUCAUUUACCUCCAGGAAUGGGACAACUUUCUCGUGUGAUUUUUAAGACUGUAUGUCAUUGCGAGGUAUACCAGUCCCUGACAGAAUGUGAUGAGGAGAUAGCAGAAUACGCCAGGAACAACAGAGUGUUUGCUAUUCUGGGACAGGACUCUGACUAUGUGAUAAUGGACACAGGGAACACUUUGUACUUGUCAAUAGAACACCUGAACCUGAGGAACAUGACCACCCGACUGUACGAUCGCUGGGAGUUGGCCCGCAGUCUCAGGUUACACCCCUCUCAGCUUCCAUUGUUGGCAACAUUCAUGGGAAAUGACAUCAUUACUGCUCAAGACCUAAGGCCUUUCCAUCUCAAUGUGAUAAGACAGCCUGUCUACAACAGAAAUAUAAAUUUCAGGAUGUUAGUGCCAAACAUAGCCAUGUUUGUUCGUACCUUACCUCUUGAUGAAACUCAACUAUUCAGCAUAUUACCUGACGUAGCCAUAAGAACGUUAGGUCAUCACUCAAGGGACAGAGACAUUAUUACCAGUUUGUACAGCUACAAGUCACAUGCUAUAGAUCAUAAAAGAGAAGGAAUAGAUAUGAAUGAUCACUGGUCAAGAUUGGUUGCUGAGGCAAGAUACAGACACCAAAUCAACGAGUUGCCUAGCAUGGUGUAUGCAAUCAUGAGUGGCCUACCUUUUGAAAGUGCCACUUCCAUUGAAGAUUUCCGUAAAAAUGAUCUCCCAACAUUUGCUUCGGCAACACAGCCCAUCAGAGAGCGAAUUUACGGGAUACUACUGCAGGAGAAGCCUCUACCAGAGUCCGGGGCACAUCUGGUACCGGAGUGGUGUAUGGCCGGACCGGGGAGUUUGGACCAGCCCAACUAUGUUCCUGCCAUGCCACCUGUGUCUCCUCACCCAGGUCUUCUAGCAUUAUGGAAUGAUGGUCAACGGUAUUUGUCAGUGCGCUGGUCUCUGUUUGUAUCCAGUGUCUCCCAUAAACUAGAUGUCUCAAGAGUGAGAAGUACAGUGCCAUCAUACCUUGUCAUACCUACCCUUAUACUGUUUAACAUCAAUGAGUUGGGAUGUUUGUGCCCAUGGGAGGUGGAUGCCAUGCUUGCCACUGCCUCAUGUAUGAAGUACUACAAUGUGACCAAAUUGGCAGCACUGCCGUCUGACCCAGUUUCUGCUAGGGGUGUCAGAGUAGCCAAUCUUAUCAUGCGAUCGACAUUCAUCCUUUACUUUCUCCUCGCAUCAUGUGGCUAUCCCCUCACUCUGGAAGAGACUGCUCCAUGGCUGUUUUUUGACGGGAAGUUGUUCCAAAUUAAGUACAAUGAAGCUGGGUCAGGCUAUUCUCACAGUCGUCUUUGUGAUAACAGGGUGGAUGUUCUAGAGGUGUUCCAAGUGGCACGAUCUGUGGUGUUCUAUAAUGAUUACUAACUGACACUACUGAUUCACUAUUGUAUUUUUCUACAAAUCCAUUGCUUUGUAUUAAUAUUUGUAAAUUACAUGUUGUGCAGUUUU